AUGGAAAAAAGGCAAACCAAAUUAUCUAAAAUUCUUUUACAAUUUGAGCAGAUUACAGACGAAAAACUGAGUGUUGUAGAUAAUCUCGAUUUAAUAAUUAAUCAGAUAUUUUCAGCUGUAGACCAUGUUAAAAAAAAACAAGAAAAUAUGAAGACGAAAGAUGUGUCUUACAUCCACACAUAUUGCAUAGAUGUUUUAAAGCAAUUAACAGAAAUUAAUUCACUUUUAGAAAAUUUGAUAGAAGACAAUCCACUGAAGAAUUUGCACAUUGAGGAACAUACAUUUGUUCCACCUAGUAGUGAUAAAAAAAAUGAGACAGAUUUAGCCUCAAAUUUAGCUAUUUUAGUUAAGUCUGAAAAUGGUGUCUCAAAUUCAGAGGUUGAAUCGGAGGUAUUCUGCAGAUCAAUUUCAGAAAAAUAUCCCUAUCAUGGAACUGAAUGUACAGAACAAAUUGCCAAUGAGGAAGCACAAACAGUUUGUCAUCCCAUUUGUCAAACUGAUACAGAUGAAAUUCAAAAUCUGAAAAAAACUUUACAGAUGUGGAGCCAAAAAUAUGGUUUGAAUAAAACAAAUCUCUCAAACAUGACAGAUUAUUAUGAAAAAUCAUCAACUAGUUUUGCCCAAUGCUCAACGGCAUCAAAGGAAAGUUUUAUUUUGCCAGAAAGAUCUAAUUUAGGAGCCAAUAAUAUAAAAAUUAUCGAAAUACCAGAGAGAGACACAAACCAAGACUAUUCAGAAAGCAAAUGCGACAAAAAAGUUAUCUCUACUGAUACAUCUUGUUCUUCUGAUGAACUAACUGGAAAUGAUUCAGUGAACAAAAGUGGCAGCCCUUUAAUUUGUUUUUCGGAUACAGGUAGUACAGAUUCAGACCUCCCUGGUGCUAUCUCUCCAUUAAAAGAAGAUUCUACAUUAAAUAAAUGUAAUUCUACUAAUUUAAUCUCUAAUGUUAAAAAAAGUGAUAAAAGAAUUUACACUGCCUUAGAAAAGAUUAACAAUAAUCAUAGACCUCAAGUGAAAGACAAUGACAGUUUCGCAUGUUCUGUUUUGCCAGACAUAAAAUUAAAACCUUCUGGAAAUGUCAUACAAAAUUUCAUACCAACUGCUGGUGGAAGUCAGUCAAAAAAGAAAAAGGACAAGAAACAAAAAAAAGACAAAUUAUUUUAUGAACUAAAACAUAAAGUACCGCCGAAAGUUGGAGAAAUGUGUGUCAUGAGCCACGUAGAAACUCCCACAGAAUUUUAUAUCCAUGUUGUUGAUGAAGACACACAAAAAAUUGAUGACUUUAAUCAAAGAAUUAAAGACUAUUUUACGAAGCAAGAUCCAAAACCCGAAUAUAAAUCAAAAGAAGCAGCCUUAAAUGAAAUCGGAAGAUUUUGUGUUGUUUAUUUAGUUCAAGACAAUGGGUGGUAUAGAGGAGAAAUACUGAAUGGAUAUAUGAAUGAAAAGCAUGAUGACGUUCUUUUGCGUUUAGUAGAUUAUGGAAGUACAAAAUUAGUUUCUUAUAAAAAUUUAAGAAAGUUAAAAGAAUCAAUGAGCCACCUACCAAUGUUAGCCAUUCGGUGCCAUUUUCCCUUGUUCUAUCCACCAGGUUCAACUAAUUUGAAUCGAUUAACAGAAUGGCCAGCAAGUAGCAUAGAGGGUCUACUUAAUUUUAGUGGAAUUUUUAGCCUGGAUAAUAAAAUGCAGUUUUUUAGAAUUGCUUAUGCAGACCUAGAGGAAAACUCCUUAGCUGUUGAUUUAUUUAUUGAUGAAGAAGGGCCGGAAGGAAGUACCUUGGGCGAGAUCUUGAUGAAUAUUGGCUUAGGUGUUCAAAUUCUUGAAAACUAUGAUGAAAACAACAUGGAAUUAGAGGAAUUUCUAGGUGAUAUUGACACCUUAGAAGUAGAUAAUAUUAAUGAAGCAAUCAUAGGUUAUGAUCCGAGAGAUGAAGCACGAAUAUGCAAAUUUACGAAAAGUGAUGGUACUUGUUUUAAGGGAAAAAAUUGCAAACUUGAACAUGUUCCUUUAUCAAAAGAUGGUUUUACUACAGACCAAGAAGCCGUUUUUUCUGAAGCGAUGUAUCCACUUAUAUUACCUCCAUCCGGAUCUAUUGUAAUGAUCUUAAUAACUGGCUACAAGGACGUUUGUCGAUUUUUCGCACAAAUAAUUACAAAACCCUACAAUGCACAAAAGUACAAAAUGGAUCAAGAAUUUUAUUUCCUACUCGAAGAAAUGAAUUCUGGAAAAAUUGUAAAAACGUAUGAACCAUUCAAAGUGGCACCCUCUAUAGGUGAAAUAGUGAUUUUUAAGCAUUGGAAAAAAUGGUCAAGAGGCAUUGUAAGAGAGAUUACAAUGGGCGACCAUGCUAAACAAGAUGUAGCACAUGUGUUUGUUGUAGAUUUUGGUGAAUAUGCUAAAGUUGCAAUUAAAGAAUUAAGAAAAAUUAAGCCACAUUUCUUAAAACUUCCAUUUCAAGCUGUUGAAUGUUACAUCCACAAUUAUGAAAUGAAUGAAAAGUGUUCAAAGACUGAAGCUAGCGCGUUUUUUCAUAAAAACUUGUAUUUUCACAAUUUUACUGCCAUUACAAUGUCUUCGUAUCCUCCCCUGAAAGUACAACUAAAAAAUGCAAAUGGAGCCAUGGACGUGGGAGAAACACUAGGAUCUAUGGGUUUCGCUGUAAAACGGAAAGUAGACAUGAAUAUAUCAGACAAUUGCCCUAUAGAACAAUAUGGACAAUAA